AUGGACCAAGCCACCCUGGUAGAACAAGUAAAAAGAGUUAAAGAAAUUGAAGCUAUUGAAAGUGAUUCUUUUGUACAGCAAACUUUCAGAUCAAGUAAAGAAGUCAAAAAGUCAGUGGAACCUACUGAAGUGAAACUUACAACUCCAGUAUCAGGACCAGCAUCUGUAGUUGCUGAUCCACCCAGCGUUGAAAAAGAAAUAGACUCUAGCAGCAUCCCAACUGCUAUCAAGUACCAAGAUGACAAUUCUCUGGCUCAUCCAAAUUUAUUUAUUGAAAAAGCUGAAGCUGAGGAAAAAUGGUUCAAGAGAUUAAUUGCUCUCCGACAAGAGAGAUUAAUGGGCAGUCCUGUGGCCUAAAUAAUAUAUUGGUUACAUCAACUCCAACUUUUUAAAAUUUAGGUUUUUGAAUCCAAAUAUUAACUUUUAUUCUUAAAAACAACUUAGCUUAUUAUAUAAAACCGUAAUACCAUUUCAUCCUUCUCUCAUGUAAGCUUGAAUAUUUGUUGACUUGAACUGAAUCAACCAUUGUGAAUAGCAAAAUUUUUAAAUGCAUGAAAAUGUAUACCAUUAAUAAAGCUAAUCAUAAAAUAUCAGU